GAGAAUCAAAUUUAUUUCUGGCACAUUUUGGCAAAAACAUGAUCACUCGAAGAUGAUCUCUUCAUGGCUAUUUUUAGGUCGUUUUAUUAUAAAACACUGACGCCAAAGACGCCUUCGGGUGGGAAGUUUUUUUUUCUCCAUUUGCACGCACUAAAUGAUUCUUUGGGGUUCUCUUCUGAACCAAAAAGAAGUCAUUCUAAGCGGGAGCAAAAGAUCGUUGAAGUGAUCGUUUUAGGGGGAAAAUUUCGCCACUAGAGGCGCUAUUAAGUGAGGUUAUUGCAUUUUCCCGCGCAUUUUGACUGACGUUUUGAAGAAUAAAUUAUUUAUUUAGCUAAAUUUUUCUUAUCAAGUGAUUGUGAUGCCCCAGACAAGAAGCAGGAAGACCAAAGUAGUGCAGGAUGAGGAGGAUGUGUCAGGGAACAAUGGAAACUUGAGGAGACAAUCAUCGCGGCUAAGGGAGAAUGAGAAAUUGGCGAAGAAAACAACGAGAACGAGUUCCCGGAGGAGGAAGGCAAUUUCCAGUGAUGACGAGGAUUCCGGGGUCAGGGACACCUCCUCGAGGGAAUCAAUUGAGCACACAACCCCUCCGAAAGUUGGGAAAUUCAAUAGAAAUCACGUAAGUGUUGAAACCCCCAAAAGACUGCUUGAGAACAUUUCUCUGGGAGACACUGAGGAGGAUGAAGAUCCGCCGGAAGAGACUUGUGUGUCGUCAUAUCAGAAAGCUAGACAAAUGCUAAAUAGCUCAGCGACAAAUAAUCUCCCUGGGAGAGAGAAGGAAAUCAACGAAUUGACCGGAAUCCUCCAGGAAGCCCGGAAGGAUCGUAAAUCUGUGAGUUUGUACAUCAGUGGACCACCGGGAACGGGUAAAACAGCUUCCCUGACCAAAAUACUCUCAGACCCGGAAAUGUCUAAGGCAUUCAAGAAGAUCUACGUCAAUUGUACGUCAAUUGCAUCAAUUGGGGCGGUUUAUAAGAAGAUUUCCGCAGAAUUGGGUGCCAAAGGAGCCCCACGCUCUGAGAAAGAUUCCCUCCAGGCCAUUGAGGAUGCCCUGGUGCGGAUGAAGGAUAAAAUGCUCCUCCUUGUGUUGGAUGAAAUUGAUCAACUUGUUGGGAAUAAACAGGCAGUUCUGUACACAAUCUACGAAUGGCCCCGGAAGUUCUCGAAACAAUUAAUCCUCGUUGGUAUUGCCAACUCUCUGGAUCUCACAGAUCGCCUCCUGACACGCCUACAGAGUCGCUGUGAACUCCAACCGCGUCUCAUGCACUUCCCUGCAUACACAAAGGUGCAAAUCUCGCAAAUUCUAACACAGAGACUCGAAGAAGGAGGAGUUUCCGGGCUCUUCCCACCUGCUACGCUUCAGCUUCUCGCUGGGAAGGUAGCUGCAAUCUCAGGGGAUGUGCGGCGUGCACUUGAUAUCGGCAGGAGGAUUGUUGAAGUAGCAGAAAGGAGCCACAGUGCGGAGAAACCGCUAAAUCUCGAGGAUCUCGGUGUGGAUUUCCUCCCUCCUGACACUCCAAUUGCUCCAAAGCAAGUUCUGGACGUCAUGAACUCAGUCUAUGGGACUUCCCAGACACUCAAUGAGGAUCUAGAUGAUGUCUUUCCGCUGCAACAGAAGAUUCUCAUUUGCAGCAUUCUGCUGAUCCUGAAGAAGGAUAAAAAUCGCGAUAUCACCCUCGGGCGGCUCCACGAGGUCUAUCGGCGUGUCUGUGAGAAGCUGACCAUCAGUGCUGUGGACAGGAGCGAGUUCACGGGGCUAUGUUCCCUCGUGGAGACACGUGGGAUUGUCCAGAUUGUGCGGAAGAAGGAGGCAAAACUCCACCGGAUCACCCUGCAGUGGGACGAGGAGGACGUGACGAAUGCCCUCAAAGAUAAACAACUCAUUGCAGAAAUCCUCACUGCCACAUCGUGUCUCGGCAAGAAGUAAAUGGCGGUCAGGGUGUGGGAGGUGCGCGCCCCAGAAAUAGCCCAACGACAUCAAUGAAAAUCUCAUGCGCGAUAUUUUAACAAUAUGUGUGUGUUUUUGAGAUGAGUUUAAAGUCACCAUCCAUUAAUUUUAUUGCAACAUCUCAACCAUAGAGGAAUCCUUGUAAUAUUUAAGUGUGAACAAAAUAAACUUGUCCAUAGCCUGAA